AUGGACGACAACGACCCCGUCAAGGGCCUCGGCGACCUCGACGGCGACCUCGUCACCGCCACCGAAGAGCGCGACCUCAAGCGCGGCCUCAAGGAGCGCCACCUGACCAUGCUGGGCAUCGCCGGCGCCAUCGGCACGGGUCUGUUCCUGGGCCUCGGCAGCGCCGUCCAGACGGGAGGCCCGCUCGGCGCGCUGCUGGGCUACGGCACCGUUGGCUUGGUGGUGAGCGCCGUGCAGUUUGCGCUGGGCGAGGUCUCGGCGCUGCUGCCCGUGACGGGGUCCUUUGUGCGGCACGCCGAGGUGCUGGUCGACCCGGCGCUGGGCUUCGCCGUCGGCUGGAACCUGGUGUACGGCAACCUGCUGUCGAUCCCGAGCGAGAUCACGGCCAUUUGCGUGCUGUUUGCGUACUGGCUGCCGGACCUCAACCCCAGCGUGUGGAUCAUCCUCUUCAUCAUCCUGACGGCCGUCGUGGGCUUCUCCGGCAUCCGCUGGUUCGGCGAGGUCGAGGCCUUCUUCGCCACGCUCAAGAUCCUCAUGGUGGUGUUCCUCAUCAUCUUCGGGCUGGUCAUCGACCUCGGCGGCAUCCCCGGCGUGAAGCCGACCUACUUCCGCUUCUGGAGGGACCCGGGCCCGUUUGUCGAGUACAUCGCCACGGGCAGCUGGGGCAAGUUCCUGGGCUACUGGAGCGUCAUGACCGGCGCCGUCUUCUCCUUUGCCGGCGUGGAGUCGCUGGCCAUGGCGGGUGCUGAGACGGCGAACCCGCGGAGAGCGAUUCCGCGGGCGUGCCGCAACGUCUUCAUCCGCAUCAUCCUCUUCUACAUGCUGGCCAUUCUGAUUGUCGGCAUGAUUGUCAGCUCCGACGACGACCGGCUCAACGACGCGUCCGGCACCGCGGCGCAGAGCCCCUUUGUCAUCGCCGUCUCGGCCGCGGGAUACCCCGCCGUGCCGUCCGUCAUCAACGCCAUCGUCAUCACGUCGGCCUGGUCGUCGUCGAACCAGGCGCUGCUGUCCGGCACGCGCGUGCUGUACGGCCUGGCGCUGAAGAGACAGGCGCCGCGGGUGUUUCUGCGCACGACGUCGUGGGGAGUUCCGUACGUGGCCACGGCGCUGUACAUUCUCUUCUCGUUCCUGGCGUUUAUGAGCCUGAGCAACGGGGCCUUGACGGCGUUUUACUGGCUGAUGGACCUGGUGGGCGCGGGCGUCUUGGUGAGCUGGAUCUGCAUCGUGCUGAACCAUGUGCGGCUGCGGAUGGCGUUGAAGGUGCAGGGGAUUCCGUAUACGCGGCUGCCGUGGCACAACAGCUGGACAUUGUACAGCUCGUCUGCCGCGCUCUUCAUGUGCAGCAUCAUCUUGCUGACCAACGGCUUCUACGUCUUUACAAAAGGCAACUGGAGCGCCAGUGGCUUUGUCUCUGCGUAUUUGGACAUUCCGCUGGUGUUGGCAGCAUACCUGAUAUGGAAGUUUUACAAAAAGACAAAGAUUGUCUCGCUCAAGGAGAUUCCUCUCGAAGAGGCGUUAAUGCAGGCCGAACUGAAGGAUGCGUUGGGUAGUUCUUGA